AUAAAAGACUGUGGGGUUUAUUGGGAAGAUGAAGUUAAUGAGGCUGUGGCUGUCAUGGUUUCCAUUGCUUCUCACCCGGCAGCAAUGGGAUUUCCCCAUCACACAAUGUGAAGCCAAUCCUCAGGCCAAAUCCCUCUACGAUGUAGUAAUCAGCUCUGGACUCUCACGCAAUAGUGAAAAUGCUCUCUCAGGAGAGUGGCCCCAGCUGCACAACUAUCUCUUUUCCUCUUCUUCAGUUUAUGUUGGUCCGCAGAAAGGGUUGAGGGAAGCUGAUAAGAUCGUUUCCCUGCCGGGGCAACCUCUCGGAGUGGAGUUUGACCAAUAUUCAGGCUAUGUGACGGUUGACCCCAAGGCUGGAAGAUCUCUGUUUUAUUACUUUGCUGAAUCUCAUCGGAAUUCCUCUGCCAAGCCUCUGGUCUUAUGGCUCGCUGGAGGACCAGGAUGCUCAUCCUUUGGAUAUGGAUCAUUCCUGCAACUUGGGCCUUUCAAAGUUCACAGUGACGGAAAAACAUUGUACAUGAAUUACUAUUCUUGGAACAAAGUGGCAAAUGUAUUGUUCCUGGAAUCUCCGGCUGGUGUGGGGUUUUCCUAUUCCAACACAACCUCUGACUACAACACCACUGGCGACAAGAGAACGGCGGAGGAUACAUAUACCUUUCUAGUUAACUGGUUUGAGAGAUUCCCGCAGUACAAAAACCGCGAUUUUUACUUAACAGGAGUGAGCUAUGGUGGUCGUUUUGUGGCACAGCUGGCUUACACCAUUGUAGCCCAUAAUCAGAAUCCCAACCAGACAUUCAUUAACCUCAAAGACAUUGCUAUUGGGAAUCCUAUUCUGGACCGUCAUUUACUUUUGAAAGGGAACUUAGAGUAUUUAUGGACACAUGCAAUGAUUUCAGAUAAAACUCAUGCAGCAAUUAACAAGUACUGUGACUUUGACAAUGCAAACUAUUCUGCCAGUUGCAAAGAGUACAUCUCCAAAGGUCAAAAUGAGGUUGGGCCUGUGCUUAGGGAUAACAUUUACUCUUCUGCCUGCACACAAGAUGCACAGAAACCCCAAUCUCAUGUUUCAGGAUAUGAUGAAUGCUAACGCAAUUAUGUUGAGGCUUACCUCAACCGGAAGAACGUGCAAGAAGCAUUACAUGCCAUCGAUACCAAUUGGACACUUUGCAGCAAAUAUAUCAGUCGGGGGACAUGGAAAGAUUCGCCUGAUACUGUGCUACCCAUACUCAAGCAGCUCAUUGCAAAUAAAGUAAACAUAUGGAUUAUAAGUGGGGACACAGAUGGAAUUAUAUCAGUAACAACAACCAGGCUGGCAGUAAAUGCUAUGCAGCUUGCUGAGGUGACUGAUUGGCGCCCAUGGCUUUCUAACCAGGAGGUGGGAGGAUAUGUUGAAGGGCAUAAAGGGUUGACACUGGUCACAAUACGAGGAGCGGGGCACGAAUUUGCGAGCUACCAACCAGAACGAUCACUGACUGUAAUUUCAUCUUUUCUUCGAAACAAACUCCCCCCAGCUGUUUAAUUAGCUACAUCAAGUUUCUUAUUUCCAUUACAAUAAUAAUACCACUUUUUGUAUGUGAAAUGCAAUAAUUGAAUAAUCGCAUGUGUAUAGAGUUAUAGACUACUUGACAUUGAUGUAGCAAAAAGGAAGAGGCACUAAUCAGUGAAAAUUGAUGUAAAAUGCUUGCACGUGAGAAAGAGUUUAUCUUGUUU